AUGACUUACAAGUAUCAAUGUUGUAAACAUACCUUUGCGUUUCCUUAUACAUUGAAAUGGCAUAUUUCUGCCAAACACCAAUUUAUUAUUAAUGAAAAUGAAGAUGAAAUGGAAACUGAAUCGAUCAUACCAAAUGAAGAACCUGACCUUUGGGAUAAAGAUUUUAUAAUAGAUUAUUCUGAG